CAGUAGGAGGGCAGACGAGGGUUUUCUUCUAAGUUGUUGGGCUGCCACGUAGGAGACCCUUGACUUGGAUUUAGCUUAAAUGUAUUCAUUUAUAGAAUAUUUAAAGUAGUAUUUACUUUUGUAGAAUGUAUUUAAUGUUGAGUACCAAAAUGAUACUUUUUUCUUUUUCCUUGACUUUAUCCACAUUCCUUGUUUUUGUCACUGGGGGGAAACUGCCCGAACCAGAAGUAAAAAUUGAGGUAAUUCAUAAACCUUUAAUGUGUCUCCGUAAAUCUAAGCUUGGAGAUAUGCUACUUGUUCAUUAUGAUGGAUUUCUGGAGAGCAAUGGCACGAUGUUCCAUUCCAGCCGCAAUGAAGGGGAUAGAAAUCCUGUAUGGUUCACUCUUGGGAUACGAGAGGCCAUUAAGGGUUGGGACAAAGGUCUGCAGAAUAUGUGCACAGGAGAGCGCAGGAAGUUGACCAUUCCUCCAUCCCUGGCGUAUGGCAGUGAAGGAAAAGGUAAGAUUCCUCCAAGCAGCACCUUAAUUUUUGACAUUGAGUUGAUGGAGAUCAGGAAUGGCCCCAGGUCACAUGACUCUUUCCGGGACAUGGAUCUCAACGAUGACUGGAAGCUCUCCAGACAGGAGGUAAAAGAGUACUUGAAGAAGGAAUUUGAGAAGCAUGGAUACUCACCUAACGACACGCAUAAUGAAAUGAUGGUGGAGGACAUCUUCAAAAAUGAGGAUGAAGAUGAAGAUGGUUUUAUAUCAGCGAGGGAGUUCACCUACCAACAUGAUGAGCUCUGAUGGACUGAAUCUAUUGUUUUUUUUUGUGUGUGUUUGUUUUUGUGGAUUUUUUUCUAAAAGUUAGUGAAACCAUUAAACACUGGUUUUGUAAUACUUUGUCCUUGAACAAUACUUUUGUUUUAUUUUUACCUCCAUAACUUAUUUUGGGCCUUCCACACUCCAUCACAGAUUAAGUUACUGUACAAGAUUUUUUUAAGAUGAUGAAAUUAAUAAAAACAU